CAGGGUUUCAUUGUUUUCCGGGUUUUGGAUCUGCAUCUUGCGUUCUACAACCUAUUUCGGUGGGCCAAGCUGGCCCGAUUUAAAGCCUCUAUGGUUCCUGCACUCGAAGCCAUCUCCAGUCUAUAACGACCACCAUCGAUUCAUCAUUGUCCUCGUCGCCGCUCCAUCAUCCAUCAUGGCUGGCCAUGUCUGCAGCGAAUGCGGCGCGGCCUUUCGCCGAGCCGAGCACCUCUUGAGGCACAGGACGCGGCAUCUGGGCCAGCGGCCCUUCUCCUGCCCCCACUGCCGGCGCGCAUUCUCGCGCAAAGACACCCUGCAGCGGCAUCUCCCACUGCAUGAGGGGAGCCAUCGAGACCGCCAGCAGAGCAGGGCAAAGCGGGUAAAGCGGGCAUGCCGCGAGUGCUCGCGAUCCAAGCUGCGCUGCGAUGGCCACCAACCAUGUAGCCGAUGCCUCUCCAGGAACCAGCUGUGCUCGUACCGGCAUCCACAGUCUUCCCAGUCAUCCAACGAUGACCCUCGAUAUAUGAGCACGGCCAUCGAUCGCUCGCCCAAGAGUGGCCACUCGGAUGCCGAGCUGCAGGAGCCACGGCCAACGACACAUGGUGCAGGCGAUUCGGGCAGUUCCCCGGGCAUGUCGACACGCUCUGAUGGCCUUCCCACUCCGGUUGUCCCCACGGCUGUGGCCGGCGAGCAGUUGCUUUCCAUCCCGUCCGGGUAUGGGGCUGCGCCGGAAUGCUCAGAGACACCGCAGCACACAAAUGCCCUGCAUCCUGGCUUCGAUUUUGCCUCUCUGGCCUUUGGGCUCCAGUCUUCUGAUCCCUACCCGCUCGACUUGGCUGCACAGGAUCCGUCUUUCUGGGACAGCUUUCUGGAUCUCGGCUCUCUCCAUCAGUGCCCAAAUGCCGGCUUUCCACAGGCAAUGAUUCCAGAGAUAUCCUCCCCUUCGCAAGCAGGUGCUUUAAUUUCUGCAUCGGACUCAGGCCAACAUCUACCGGAGUCUCGCGCACCUGUUCCGAGUUUCCUCGCUGCGAGAGCUAGCCCCGAGCCAAACUUGGGCCAAGCAAUGCGGUUCGACGACUACAUACAUAAUGCAUGGAAAUAUCAAAGUGCGAGGAUCGGCAAGGGCCAGGCCACCCCUCUCAUCAUGGGAGCCUUUGACCCUAUUCUAUCCUCGAGGGAAAAGGACGCCAUAUGGUGCGCCGAGGACCUGGCCCACGUAGGCCCUCUCCCCAAACAAAAGUACGAUCAAAUCGUAGCAAAUUUCGAAGCCUUAAACGGCACGGCCAAAGUUGGGUACAAGCAGUUCUCGACCGGUGCUUUCCCCUCGAUUACCGCUUGCAACGCGUUUAUGCAGCUCUUCUUCGAGGAAUUCGACCCCCUUUUCCCCUUCAUCCACAAACCGAGCUUUGACCCUUGCUACGAGCAUUGGCUAGUACUCCUUGCUUUGGUGACGAUCGGAUGUCGCUACUCGCGGGUCCCUGCUGCGGCUGAUUGCGUGGUAGUUUUCCAGGAAUUUCUUCGCCGGGCCUUUCAUGUCGCUAUUGAAGAGGACUAUGGCGCAACGCGUGAGCCGUGGUUAGCACAGGCUGGCUUACUGAACCAGAUUGGUAUGCAAUUCUCGGGCGACCUCAGGCUCACUGAGUCCGCCCAGUCAAUUCGGAGUCUCAUCGCAUCAGUGUGCCGAAAAGUCAACUGUUUCAACGAAAUAGGACGGCGUAUUGAUGGAAUAGACCCAGAGCAGUCAUGUACAGAGGCAUGGAAAUUGUGGAGUCGUAAAGAGAGCAUGUGCCGGCUGGCAUAUUCAGUCUGGCUCCUCGACAGCCAAAAUGCGUUGUUUUUCGACCUGCCACCAAUCAUCCCGACAGAUCUUCUUCGGCUUAAACUUCCAGGUCCGGAGGAGCUGUGGCGGGCUCCUACCGCAGCUGCGUGGCUUGAAGUCCUCCGGAAGCAAGGCGAAUGCGGAGCAGAACGGCCCCUGAGCAUCCGACAGGAGUUGAACAACUUGUACAGAACCAAGACCUACCCGCAAAAUCUCGGUGAUUUCUCCACCCUGCUGCUUGUCUUGGGCAUCUUCAGAACUGCGCUGCGGUAUCGUCACUGCCUGGAAGAUGGAUUCUGGUCACCGCCUGGUUUUACUGCAAAUGAUCUGCAACCUGAUGACACCUUAGAUAUGGCACAAGAAACUUCCUUUCCAGGCAAUAGCAGGGCCAUGGAAUACCUGCGUAUCUUGUGUUCGGGUAUUGAGGAGCUGCCCAGGCUGUCUUCGCUCAAGUCUGCGAUCCUAAUACACUAUCACUCGAUUGGUAUCCUUCUCGGUAUAUCCUUAGGCGAGCUUUUUUGCUACUGCGGGUACCGCGUAUCGAGUGACGAUAUUCUCGACUGCCAAAAACGUCUCCGGAUUUGGGUACGACAACGCGGUGGAGAGGCUCGUCAGGUCGCCUUACACGCGGGCAAGCUGUACCGCUGCAUUCGUCAUUCCAACAUGCAUGCGUAUUUUGAGGGCCACGCGAUGACAGUCUCUUGCCAGGCCCUUUGGAUUUAUGGAGAGAUUUCCGGUGUGCCUGCACAGCAGGACGUUGAGCGAGUGCUUGAUCAAGACGAAAUAGGCGUGCCAGCAACAUUUCGCCUAGACCAGAAGAACAGCCAGCAUGACGAGCAGACCUGGCUGAAACACGGCGCCCGGAUGCGCCCCUAUCUAGCGGGUGUGGGCUGUAUCAUCGGCCCGGACGGUGCGGCACGGCUUAUCCAGGAGGUUGCCCGGGUGCUGUGCGCCGCUUCUGCCUGGGGACGUUGUCAAGCCAUGGGAAAGGGGCUGCAGUUGCUCCAUCGGAUUCGGUCGGCGGCCGCCUCCUGACACAUUGAAGUAGGCGUAAGUACAGAUGUAUGCAUUCUUCUGUACGGAGAUCUUCUCGCCCCAGGUGCAUGGGACAGUAAUAGUCAGCAUGCCCAAUGGAUUCCCGGUUUCCCAUACAUGGGGCUGCCAGCCAGGGGCAGACAAACAGCGGUGAUCGGCCUGACUGUGCUUGCAGCCGCGUGUACCAAGGCAGUAAAUUGCCUGUAUGCGUCCGUUAUAUACUUCAGCAACUCCAUAAUGAGCAACCAAUAACUGUUACCAACCAAUAACCCC